AGUAACUUACCUUUUUUUUUUUCAAUUCGAAGUUUUCUUUGGAAACAAGAAAAGGAGCUUCUUUGUCUAUAAAUAUCAAUAUCAGAUCCCAAUAUUGCCCAUACUCGCACACAUUCUCUUCGUCUUCUUCGCUCUGCACCAAACUUUAAUCUCUUUUCGUCUUAGUUACUGGUCUCGAACAUGGCUGAUCAAGCUGAAUCUUCAGACGCUAAGGGAACGAAAAGGGACUUCAGUACCGCUAUUCUUGAGCGGAAGAAAGCUGCUAAUCGGCUUGUUGUAGAUGAGGCUAUCAACGAUGACAACUCUGUCGUCUCUCUUCACCCGGACACCCUGGAGAAACUCCAGCUUUUCCGUGGCGAUACGAUUUUGAUAAAGGGAAAGAAAAGGAAGGACACUGUCUGCAUUGCUCUUGCUGAUGAUACCUGCGAUGAACCAAAGAUAAGGAUGAACAAGGUUGUUAGGAGCAACUUAAGAGUCAGGCUUGGAGAUGUUGUUUCCGUGCACCAGUGUGCUGAUGUCAAGUAUGGAAAACGUGUGCACAUUCUUCCCAUUGAUGAUUCCAUUGAGGGAGUUACCGGGAAUCUUUUUGAUGCAUACUUGAAACCUUACUUCUUGGAAGCAUAUCGUCCAGUAAGAAAGGGUGAUCUUUUCCUUGUUAGAGGUGGAAUGAGAAGUGUUGAAUUCAAGGUUAUUGAAACUGAUCCUCCAGAGUAUUGUGUGGUUGCACCGGACACUGAGAUCUUUUGUGAGGGGGAGCCCGUGAGAAGGGAGGACGAGGAUAGAUUGGAUGAGGUUGGUUAUGAUGAUGUUGGUGGUGUUAGAAAGCAGAUGGCUCAGAUUCGUGAACUUGUGGAACUGCCUCUUAGACACCCACAGCUGUUUAAAUCAAUUGGAGUUAAGCCACCAAAAGGAAUUCUACUGUAUGGACCUCCUGGAUCUGGUAAAACUUUAAUUGCAAGAGCUGUUGCAAAUGAAACUGGUGCAUUCUUUUUCUGCAUUAAUGGACCAGAGAUCAUGUCAAAGUUGGCCGGAGAGAGUGAAAGCAAUUUGAGGAAAGCUUUUGAGGAAGCAGAGAAGAAUGCCCCAUCAAUUAUUUUUAUUGAUGAGAUUGAUUCCAUUGCUCCAAAGCGAGAGAAGACACAUGGAGAAGUUGAGAGGAGGAUUGUGUCCCAGCUAUUGACACUCAUGGAUGGACUGAAAUCUCGUGCACAUGUCAUUGUUAUGGGAGCUACAAAUCGUCCCAACAGUAUUGACCCGGCCCUUAGAAGGUUUGGGAGAUUUGAUAGAGAAAUAGAUAUUGGGGUUCCUGAUGAAAUUGGACGUCUUGAGGUCCUUCGCAUUCAUACAAAGAACAUGAAGCUUGCUGAAGAUGUGGAUUUGGAAAGAAUUUCCAAGGACACACAUGGUUAUGUUGGUGCUGAUCUUGCUGCUCUGUGUACUGAGGCUGCACUUCAGUGCAUUAGAGAAAAGAUGGAUGUUAUUGACUUAGAGGAUGAGUCAAUAGAUGCUGAGAUACUGAACUCAAUGGCUGUUACAAAUGAGCACUUUGCUACUGCUCUUGGAACAAGCAAUCCAUCUGCCCUCCGUGAGACGGUUGUUGAGGUGCCCAAUGUUAGUUGGGAGGAUAUUGGAGGUCUUGAGAAUGUCAAGAGGGAACUUCAAGAGACUGUACAGUACCCUGUGGAGCAUCCUGAGAAAUUUGAGAAGUUUGGCAUGUCGCCUUCUAAGGGAGUUCUUUUCUAUGGUCCUCCUGGAUGUGGAAAGACCCUUCUUGCCAAAGCCAUCGCCAAUGAGUGUCAGGCCAACUUUAUCAGUAUCAAGGGUCCCGAGUUGCUUACUAUGUGGUUUGGAGAGAGUGAGGCUAAUGUAAGGGAAAUUUUUGAUAAGGCCAGAGGAUCUGCACCAUGUGUUCUGUUCUUUGAUGAACUUGACUCAAUUGCCACCCAGAGAGGGAGCAGUGUUGGAGACGCUGGUGGUGCUGCUGAUAGAGUUCUCAACCAGCUUCUUACUGAAAUGGAUGGCAUGUCUGCCAAAAAGACUGUUUUCAUUAUUGGAGCCACCAACAGACCAGACAUUAUAGACCCUGCUCUUCUACGUCCUGGCCGUCUUGAUCAGUUGAUUUAUAUUCCCCUUCCAGAUGAGGAAUCUCGUUUUCAAAUCUUCAAGUCCUGCCUUAGGAAGUCUCCUGUUGCCAAAGAUGUUGACCUCAGUGCUCUUGCCAAGUACACUCAAGGAUUUAGUGGUGCAGAUAUCACUGAAAUCUGUCAGCGUGCCUGCAAAUAUGCCAUCAGAGAGAAUAUCGAGAAAGAUAUUGAGAAGGAGAGGAGAAGGAAGGAUAACCCCGAGGCAAUGGAAGAGGAUGUGGAUGAUGAGGUGGCAGAGAUCAAGGCAGCUCACUUUGAGGAAUCAAUGAAGUAUGCCCGGCGGAGUGUCAGCGAUGCUGAUAUCCGCAAAUACCAGGCAUUUGCGCAAACAUUGCAGCAGUCAAGAGGGUUUGGAACUGAAUUCAGGUUUGCCGAAUCUGGUUCUGCGGCUGCAGGUGCUGACCCUUUUGCAACCACUGCUGGUGCGGCUGAUGAAGAUGACCUUUACAAUUAGGCUUAUCUUUGAUAUUUGUCCUAUUUAUGUUUGCAAUUGGAUUGUAAUGAUGGCAGGAUGCUCCAUGUUGGGCUCCUGUGGAUGCUCUCUGACUUAGUUUACAAACAUUUUACUUAUAAUUAAAUUGAAUACUGCCAAA